AAUCUCCAGGCUAAACUAGAUAAUUCAUUGAACGAUAUCCUCAAGACGUCUGGCUACAUCUUUGAGAUCAUCAACAACAACAAAAAACAAUCCAAUCUAAUUACAGGAUCGAACAACCAGUUGAUCACCCCCACCAUCACAUCGCAACUAGCCAGUAACAUCUCCAAGUUCGAUGAGAUUCUAGACGAUACGUUAUCCAAGUUCAACGAUGCUCGUUGGUGCAUAGAAAUGAUGUUGGAAAACAAGCAGCGACAAGAGGAGUUGAAGUUAAAGGAAGAGCUCGAGAAGCAGAAGAAGUUGAAGGAGGAAGAAGAACGCAAGCGCCUCGAAGAAGAAGCCCUCAAGAGGCAGGAAGAGGCCAGAAGGCGCAAGGAGGAAGAGGAUGCCCACGCAAAGGCCAAGGCUGAGAAAGAGGCUGCCGAGAGGGCCAAGGCAGAGGAGGAAGCAAGA